CAAUGCCAACGACAGAGAGGAGGCAUCGAGAGCUAAAAGCCCGCAUUUAAGACAAGAUGGCAGGACUGCCCCGCAGGAUCGUUAAGGAAACUCAGCGUUUGCUUGCAGAGCCUGUCCCAGGCAUCAAGGCAGAGCCAGAUGAGAGCAACGCCCGCUACUUUCAUGUGGUCAUUGCUGGACCUCAGGACUCGCCUUUUGAGGGGGGCACAUUUAAACUUGAACUCUUUUUACCAGAGGAAUAUCCCAUGGCAGCUCCUAAAGUACGCUUCAUGACCAAAAUAUAUCAUCCCAAUGUAGACAAGUUGGGAAGAAUAUGUCUAGACAUUUUGAAAGACAAAUGGUCACCAGCUCUGCAGAUUCGUACAGUGCUGCUAUCAAUCCAGGCAUUACUAAGUGCACCCAACCCUGAUGAUCCCCUAGCAAAUGAUGUUGCAGAGAAGUGGAAGUCCAAUGAAGCUGAAGCCAUAGAAACAGCCAAGUCAUGGACCAGGCUUUAUGCUGGAAACAAAAAUGAAGUGUAGAGAAGCCUAACAAGUGGAGACGCAAAUUGAAUUCAAGUGUGAACGCAACUCCUCAUGUUCUGCCAAGACCUCUUCCUACUUCAUUUGCAUUUAAAGGACACAGUCUUAAAUAUAUAUAUAUAUAUGUAUAUUAUAAAAUAAACAUGAAUAUAAUGUAAAGGAAAAAACAACUACGGACAGUCGGUGAGUUAAAUGCACACUAGUAAUGAAAUGACUCGUCUAUGUCCUAACUCACUACUGCUGAAAUGCAUGGGCAGAGGUUUUAGAUCUUCUCACCUGGCUUUCUUUGUCCAUUGAUUUUAGGAGGUUUUUGCCAACUGCUGCUUGAACAGGCACAUUUAGGAAGAGGGUCUCCUAUGUCCCACAUUGUUUUGGGGGAGGGUGCCAUGGGUUUGGAGUGCCCAGAGCCGUGGAAAGGGUGAGGAUGAGAGACUGGCUAGAUGUAGUCAAUAUGGUAUACAUUUUAUGUUUGUUUGUUUGUUUUUUUUUAACUUGGUUUUCUCGUGCAGCUAACUACUACUAACCCACUGUAUGUAGACACUCACCUGCAGAUGGACCAGAGUUUUGUCCUGUGUAGAUGGUGCAGCAGGACACAUAAGCAAUUGUAGUCAUGCAUCGUCAUUAAGUCACAUCUGGCUUUAAAAUAAUAUGACUAAAAAACAAACUGAGCCUGCCGCAUUAACUUUGAACCACUCUCAGUGUAGAUGUACUGUAAGCUUGGGGAUAGUGAGAGAGAAUGUGGAGGGUAGGGUGGACAUUGUGGACCUUUCCUUAGUUUUAGCACAUAGUAUAUGUUUUAUUACCAUAUCCAGUCUUUUAUAUGUGAAUCUUUCUUGCUAUUGCCAUACUAACUACUAUGCUUGUUUCCCUGUACGUGAUCACAGUCUAAUUCUACAAGCCUCAGUGGUUUACUUUCUCCAAUGGCAUUUAUUUCACGAAGCAAGGAUUUAAGCUGUCAGUUGUUUGAUGACAUGAUGUUAGGGUGGGGUGUUGAGGGACUGACCUGUGCAAGGCAAAAUGCUGUGCGUUACGGGAUCAAACUCCAAAAGAUCAAUGAAGACUGUGACUGUCGACUGUUGUAAUUGGUCUGUGGCUGAAAAGUCUGUAUUCAAUUCACUGUUUGUAAAUUCAUUCUUUCUAUCAACGUGGGGAGGAAAUAUUUUCCUGCUCUCAGAAUGCUAUGAAACAUUUCACCUGCAUACUUUUAUGUUCUGUAAAUAAAAUCUAUUGAUUAAUAAA